AUGAAAAUAAUUUUCCUGGGAUUAAUUUUGGCAUUAGCCAUAGCCGAUGCGGGACGUUUACUGAAUCCUUGCAAGCAGCCUGGAUUUUUCGCGCACGUUGAUAAUACAUCUGCUUUUUAUGGCUGCUAUCUAAAUGAAGAUGGAAAUUUGGAUGUAAAAUAUUUGACAUGCGCAACUGGUCACCUCUUCAAACGCACUGCCGGAUAUUGCGUGCCCAAAACUACUUUCGCAAUUGAAGCAAGAGCCGUCACGGAUAGUAAUAACGAUGUAGAAAAUCCCACCGAACCGACUACUACGACAAAAGGUGAUAUCAUAAAACCUACAAUUCCCACAACCGCUGCUACUGGUAGCACUAUUAACGGCAACACAAAAGUAGAUAAUAAUGAUGACGGUGAAACCACAGAGGGUUCCACUGAGGCUACAACAACUGUAGAAACAACAGAGGCUACUGAGCAACCGGAAACAACUGAAAACUCUACGGAAACUACUGAGGAACCUGCAACCACUGACGAAACCACAGUCGUCUCUACUGAAGAGCCUGCAACGACCGAAGAAACUACCGAGACUACUGACGAGCCCGCAACAACUGCGAGCACUACUGAGACAACUGAAGAACCAACCACAACUGCGAGCACUACUGAGGAACCAACAACAACUGAUGAACCUACCACUACUGCAA